AUGCCUCUCAAAUCGCCUGUGGACAAACUGCCGCUGGCCGUUCGCAAGAACGUGCGUGACGAGUGGGAGUCCAAGAGACCGGAGUUCGAGGCUAAAAUAUCCAAGACUCUGGGACAGCCAUGGACCGUGACCACCAAUCCAAAUCUCCUGUACGUCUAUACCGACGAUGACUCGUACAAGUCACGAAUCGGCGAGAUCAUAACCUGGUACAUCGAACCGUUCUGCUAUAACCUUGAAUCUUUUGUCCAAUCUUACGGCGACGAUGGGAAGGCCGAGCUUAACUCUCUGUGCUCGGAGCAUCGGGUCGAACUCGCACCACAGACCGAGGACACUACCUUCACGUAUGGCGGCCUGCAAAUCAAGGAUGGUGUCCUUCGUCUCGUCUUCGCCGAAGGAUCCCUGGCCGUCAAUGUCAACGACGUCAGUCAAGGAUUUCAGGAAGCCCUCAAGUCGGCCGCCGCGUCGUCUGGCGGUGCGAGUGCUUUCAACAUCAACGCCAGGCAGUCCGUGCGCGAAUCCUACGAUCCCGAGAUUGGGGCGCUCCAGAAGGCCAUCGGCGAGCUCGUGGGGGUCCCGAACAUCCAGCUGAACCCGAACUUUGAGCAAAACGCCGCCGUGCUGACCCAAGCGGGGGACAAAGUCCGCUCCGACUGGGACAAGGUCCUCGGCAGCGCCACUCUGUCGUACUUUGAUGGUCUGAAGUACCAGCUCGAGCGCGCCGGGUUCAAGGGCGACGACAUGCUCCAGGAAGGUUUUCAGGAAGGCAUAUCGAAGAACGAGAUCGCGUUCCGGGUGGUGGAGAAGCUGAAGAAUGGCAGCUACCACGAGACGCUGGUCGAGGACGGAGUGCUUGUUAUGCAGACCACUCCGGAAAACUUCUGGACCAACACGUCUGAUAUCGGGAGCAAGAUUCUAGACAUACUCUGA